GCGGCGCCCCCCAACCCGCUGGGGGGGCCAGGGCAGCCCCCGUACCCCGCUGGGCCCCCCCCGUUCCCGCCGGGGCCCCCUCUGGUCCCCUCGGGCCCCCCCUUGGGACCCCCCCCGCCGCAGCCCCCCCACCCGGGGGUGCUCCCCCACCCGGGGGUCCUCCCCUCCUUCCCCCCCGGGCUGGACAAGAAGGCCGCGAAGAAGAUGAAGAAGAGGAUGAAGAAGGCUCACAAGAGGCACAAGCGCUCUUCGUCCUCGUCCUCCUCCUCCUCCUCCAGCAGCUCCGACUGAGCCUCCUGAGACCCCCACAGAAUCACCUGGGACCCGCCAGGACCUCCUGGAACCCCUGGGACCACCAGGAGCCCCCUGGGACCUCUUGGGACCACCCGGGACCCCCAUCCUGUCCCCAUGUCCCCCAUCCCCUGCUGCCGGGGGGGUCCCGGGGUGUCCCCCCCGUCCCCCAAUAAAGCUCUGGGACACCCCAA